CGCGCGUAGUGAGCUCUGUGGACUUACUGUGGACAGAAAGCACUUUUCCUCCCACUGCUGCAGACACUGGCUUCAUCUGCUGCUCAUGCAGCGGCAGCCAGCCGAUGAGAAGCUGCUAAUCCAGUUGGCGUCCAGGAUGUGCAGAGCGAUGAUGCUGUCCUUUUUUCUCCUCUUCUCUGCCAUGUUGCCCUUACCCAGAGUGUCCGCCUAUAAUACAUCUGCUGGUUGUGCUAUCAUCCGUCCUCCCAGAGAUGGAGGGAUCAGGUACAGAGGUUUGACACAGGAGCAGAUCCGCAGUGUGCAGGUGCUCCCGGUAGACUAUGAGAUAGAGUACAUCUGCAGGGGCAACAGGGUGAUUGUGGGACCCAAAGUCAGGAAGUGUUUGCCCAACGGCACCUGGACCGAUCUGAGCCAGCGCAGCAGAUGCUUGUUGUUGUGUCCUCGGGUGUGGACAUCAUUGGAAAAUGGGCGGGUGUCUUCUUGGCCCUUGGGGCCCCCGGUGGAGGGGACGCUGUUACAUUACAGCUGCCUGCCUGGGUUCAUCCUCAUGGGCCGAAACUCCACACAGUGCAAUAAGAUGGGCAAGUGGGACACGCCCAAACCUGUGUGUCACUAUGAUCGGCACUACAAAGGCAGCGGUGGAGAGGCUGCAGCUGCCCAGGCUGUUAACCACGGAGGGUCCAGCUCUGACCAAGAGGGCUUGUGGCCAGGGUUAGAGCAGGAGGGAGGCCGAGGAGAAGUGGCAGGAUCCCAUAAAAUUGUGUCCUGGAUUGUGGCGGGGGGCAAUUUGUUUGGACUGACUGGCAGCUACCUCCAUGAAGCUCGAUAA